CCUAAAUCUCGCGAGAUUUCCUCCGCCAUAUUGAGCAGGCUCGAGGGUCAGCAUCUCCGGCGACCUGACCUCUAAAAUUUCUCUUCCACAGAAAACUGAAGUGAAGAGAAACUGAUAUGCCAACUCUUGACCAACUUCCAACGUAUGAGGAACUCGAUGCCGAAGAGGUGAAUGUCACCUCCGCCGUACUGAAGGCUGGGGCCCACCACUAUGGCAAAUACUGCGACAAAGUCAAUAAGGAGUUCAUGCUCUGUCGAUGGGAGGAGAAAGAUCCCCGCAAGUGUCUGAAGGAGGGCAGGGAGGUAAAUGAGUGUGCCCUCGACUUCUUCAGGAAGAUCAAAGGAAGCUGUCAUGACUCCUUUACAGAGUACUGGACCUGUCUGGACAACACUAAGAACAUGAAACUGCGGAAUUGCCGUAAGCAGCAGGCUGUAUUUGACCAGUGUGCGCUGGACAAGUUGGGCUGGGUCAGACCAGAGCCAGGAGAACUUUCUCAGGUCACCAAAGUAAAGACAGAUCGUCCUAAACCGGAGAAUCCGUACAAGUCCCGUCCCCGCCCAGAACCCAACCCUCCUCUGGACCCUUCCCUGGAGCUGAAACCUUCCCACGGUGGCAGCCGCUUCUUCUUCUGGUGGUGAUGACCGCUAAAACAUAAGUCCCAACCUGUCCCACAGUCCUGAGUACGUACAGACCAGACAACAUUCAUUUCUUGUUUAACAGAUUCUGUUUCAUGACAAAUUGUUGAGGGAGCAAAUUUCGGAAAAAAUUGAAAUGAAUAUUCAUAUCACAACACUUCCAUGCAUAUUUGAAUGUUAGAUACUUAAUAUUUGAUUCUGGAUCAAUAAAGGUGUUACUGCAACAAGAGUAUUUGCUUUAAUAAAGGUAAUGUUUUCUGUGACA